AUGGCCCUCGCGUCGCUCUUCGGCUUUCCGAACAUUCCAGAGGAAUCUAAGAGCAUCGAGUUCUGGAAGGAUCCUGAACGCUCCGGGUGGCUCACAAAGCAAGGCGAGUACAUAAAGACGUGGCGGCGGCGGUGGUUUGUGCUAAAGGAGGGCCACAUGUUCUGGUUCAAGGACGACAAGGUCUCCAAGGACUCGCAGCCGCGCGGGGUGAUCAACGUGGGGCGAUGUCUGACGAUCAAGGGAGCAGAGGACGUGAUCAACCGCGCGCACGCCUUUGAGCUCUCCACCUCCAACGACACGCUCUUCUUCAUUGCUGACUCCGAUAAGGAGAAGGAGGAUUGGAUCAACUCAGUGGGGCGGGCCAUAGUGCGGCACUCCCGGUCAGUCACGGACUACGAGGUCCUCGAUUACGACUGCCGCUCUCACACCCGCGGCCCCACCCCUCCCGCUGCUGCCACGUCCCCCUCUGCUGCUGCUGGUGCUGCUGGUGAAGCUAGGUUGGAUCCAUCCGGUGGUGACCCCUCUGCCAGUGACGCCAAGGGGGAGCUUCCAUCCGAUGCUGCCCCAGCUGCUCUUCCUUCAGCAUGA